AUGGUGACUUCUAAAGUGCGCGCCAUUGCUCUGCUGGUGCUGGUGUUGGCCACCGUGGCCAGCGGUGCUCCUCAAAAAAAGGCACCCUUCGGUAAGGCACGAGGCGGAGCUGAAUCGGAAGCGCAAAAGCCAGCAUCACCGUCGGAGGAUGAACCCAAGGGUUCGACGUCGGGCGAAAGUGAAGAGUCGCUGGAAAAAACGCAAGCCAAAGCAGCAAAGUACUCGUACGACACGUCCGUGAACGACACCAUCAACGAUCACGCGAUCAUGCGCCAGGAGGAACGGGACGGGCUCUCGCUGAAGGGAAUGUACUCGUACAGCGAUGGGUUCUUCAGGCGCACCGUGCACUACGAGGCGGACGACAAGGGGUACCGGGUGGUGAAGGAGAUUAACAUCCCGAUCGGUAACGGACCGCAGGUCGAUCCGAAGGGUAAGGCCGACGUGUCGUCCUCGCUGACCGGAUCGUACUCCAUUACGGCGGACGAUAUUGCGAAGCCGUCCCGGAAGGAAGUGGCACGGUCAUCGUCGGGGGAGGACGAAUCCUCGGAGGAAACCCGUGCCGACGAUGAGGAUGAGGAGCAGGGUGAUGGUUCGGGAGAGAAUUAG